CGCACCUGCACAGAGCAGCACUUCACGCGCCCCCGCCCCCCCUCCCCUAGCCGCCGGCGCGGCUCAUCGGUCCAUCCUCCUGCCGCCACCUGCAACGGCGCCGGGCGGAGCCGGAGAUCCAUCCCGACUCGCCGGUGGGCAACCAUGUCCAAGGUUAAGAAUCCCCACGUUUUCAUGGACAUAUCAAUUGGUGGAAGCAGCGCCGAGAGGAUCACAUUCGAGCUAUUCGCAAAUGUAGUUCCAAAGACCGCGGAGAACUUCAGAGCACUCUGUACUGGUGAAAGAGGCCUUGGAGCAUCUACACAGAAACCACUCUAUUAUAAGGGAACAAAUAUCCAUCGCAUAGUUAAAGGCUUUGUUGCUCAGGGUGGUGAUUUUUCAAGAGGAGAUGGACGUGGUGGAGAGAGCAUUUAUGGUGGAAAAUUUCCAGAUGAAAACUUCAGACUACUGCACGAUCAGCCUGGUGUUCUGUCCAUGGCAAAUUCUGGACCAGACAGCAAUGGGUCGCAGUUUUUUAUUACAUUCAAGGCUCUACCUCAUCUUGAUGGCAAACAUGUGGUCUUUGGGAAGGUGGUCAGUGGAUUAGAUUUGCUUAAAAAGCUUGAAGCAGUUGGCGGUGAAAGUGGAAAUCCUUCUCGUCAAGUGAAAAUUGUAGACUGUGGUGAAGUUCCCAACACGGAUUCUCAAGAUCUGCUAAAAGGAGAGAAAGGAAAAAAACUAAGAAUGGCAGAUGGUAACUCCAAUGCUGAAGGGAGAGCCAAAUUAAAAAAAGCAUCCGGCGAUUAUAAGCAACGAAAGAAGAGAAAACACUAUUCGUCUGAUUCAUAUAGCUCAGAUACUUCAGACUCAUUGUCCUAUUCUUCAGAUAGUGGCUCUGAUUCAGAAUCACACUCAUCAAUGGAUACUAGCUCGUCCAGUGAUCAUAGGCGUAAGAGAAGAAAAGGAUCUAAGAAGGAUAAGCGCAAGCCCACAAAGAGGAAGGGUAAACAUACAAGGAGUAAAAGAAAGAGUAGAGGAUCCAAAAGGCGAUCUAAACGGAGCUAUGGGAGUUCAAGUGAUGAUUCAGUAAGCUCUAAGACAGAUAACAGCAGUUCUGACAGUGAAAAUGCCAGCCGUCGAACCAAGCGUUCCUUGCCGAAAGCAGAUAAAGAGAGUACUAAAAUGACGAAUUCAGAACAAGGAAGAUCUUUUCAAGAUGCAGACAAAGGCAAACAAACAGUUACUACUGUCAACCGAUCACAAUCACCUGAUGGAAGUAAACCCUCAAACAAAGAUGACAACAGGGCUGAUGACAGAUAUGGAAAUUACAAUUCAGAAGAUAGGAAUGAACCAGGUGCAAGUUCCAGGAUCAAUCCCAUCCAGGUUGAUGUAAAUUUAACGAAACCAGUAAAUGGAGAUGGCAACAUUGGUGGUGAUAAUGCAGAGGCUGACAUGCCUAGAGAAAGGCAUCUGCCAAGCAAUGAACCUGUGUCCACCAAUGGUAAAGAUUUAGCUGCGGGUUCUGCAGACAAUGGGCAGCCUCAACGAAUCAGGAAAGGGCGUGGUUUUACUCAGAAGUAUGGGUAUGCACGCCGAUACAGGACGCCAUCUCCUGAGCGCCCCCCUGUUCGACCCCGCUACGAUGGAGGGAGAGAUGAUAGAUGGAACAAUUUCAAUAGGUAUGGAAGAAAUGGUCCUUACAGUAGACGCUCGCCAGUAAGGAGAUACCGUGGCUCGCCAAGAGCCAAUAGCCCAUCCAGGUACCCAAGAAGAGGCCGAAGCAGGAGCAGGUCACGCAGCCCAGCAAGGCGUCAUGACCGGGGAGGGUAUCGUCGCCCCAGCCCAAGACGUAGCCGCAGCCCUGCAGAACAGAGACGGGAUGUGAAUGAUAGGCCUCGAUCAGGUCGUGGUGGAGGUGAUCCAGACCACCGUGGCCACAGCCCCCCUGCCAACAGGUCCAGUCUUGACCACCGUGGCCACAGCCCCCCUCCCAACAGGUCCAGAUCUCCUGAUGCUGCCCCAGCCAAGAGGGAGAGCUCGAAAUACAACCGCAGGCGCAGCAGCAGCUCAAGGUCUAGCAGCCCUGAUGGAAACAAAGGCCUGGUUUCGUACUGAGAUGUAACGGCACAACAAUUUACAGCCUCCAAGAACUGUUGCUAGUUUAGCAUUAUGUACGUUUCUGUAAUGUCAUCUAAACUUAAACUGCUUUCAGUGUAGCUGUACAUUUGGAUGCCCUGUUAGACCUGAAAUGUUUCUUAUGCAAGGUAUUUAGAACUACUUCUGAGUCAGUAUCGCCAAGAGUUCAA